AUGAGUAGCAACAAGCGGUCUACGCUGUCUUACAUCCCCGAUGUGAUCAUGGUCGUCGCCGCGCCCAUCAUGGCCUACUUCAUCGUGCGCGGCAUAAUAUCAAAACUAGACCCGGACGCGCAGGAGAGGGAAAAAGCGAAGGAGAAGGCCAGCGCGGCUUCGCAGAAGCUCAGUUCGAUCCUCGAGAACAAGGCGCACUACGACUCGGACGAUGAGGACUAUGAUAGUAGUCAGAGGCGGCCGAGGAAGGAGGAUUUGAUCUUGACGCCGUACGAGCAGACGAUUGCGAUGGAGGUCGUGGCGCCAGAGGAGAUACCGGUGACGUUUGAAGACAUCGGCGGCCUCGACUCCAUAAUAGAAGAACUCAAAGAAUCCGUCAUAUACCCACUUACCAUGCCACACCUCUACGCACACUCCUCGUCUCUUCUCUCGGCUCCUUCAGGUGUUCUACUCUACGGUCCCCCAGGUUGCGGCAAGACCAUGCUUGCAAAAGCUCUAGCACACGAAUCCGGCGCCUGCUUCAUCAACCUACACAUCUCGACUCUCACGGAAAAGUGGUACGGCGACAGCAACAAGCUCGUAAACGCCGUAUUCAGCUUAGCCCGGAAACUCCAACCCAGCAUCGUAUUCAUCGACGAAAUAGACGCGGUAUUAGGUCAACGGCGAAGCGGGGAGCACGAGGCGAGCGGGAUGGUGAAGGCUGAAUUCAUGACCCACUGGGACGGCCUCUCCUCCUCCUCCCGCCCCGGCAGUACUACCCCUCAGCGAAUCUGCAUCCUCGGCGCCACCAACCGCAUCCAAGAUAUCGACGACGCGAUUCUCCGCCGCAUGCCCAAGAAAUUCCCCGUCGCCCUCCCCUCCGCGUCCCAGCGCGCAAACAUCUUCACCCUCAUCCUGCGCGGCACGAAAAUCGACAACACCAACUUCGACCUCGACUACCUUGUGAGAGUGUCCGCGGGUAUGAGCGGCAGCGAUAUCAAAGAGGCGUGCAGAGAUGCGGCCAUGGGGCCAGUACGCGAGUAUAUCCGCAGGAAGAAGGCGGAGGGCGCAGGCGGGUUGAGGGGCGGUGUGCGGGCGAGCGAGGUGAGGGGCCUGAGGACGGACGACUUUUUCGGGCGGUGGCGGGAGAAGGGGCGGGAGCCGGGGGAAAGGGAGGUCGAGGUUGAGGCUGAAGAUCCUGAGGAGGUGCUGCCUACAUACCGGAAGUCGAGGACGGCGACGACGGAUGAUAGUGAGGCGAGUAGUAGCGUUGAAGAAGACUUCAGGGACUCAGCGUAUGUGCAGCCGGAGGAGGAGGAGGUGAGGCGGUGA